AUGCGGGUUUCCGAGGACAUGGCCCUUGAUAGGAAGAUUCUGGCAGAUUGGACAUAUAUUAAUGCAGUUGUGAUGACCUUGAUGGUGACUUUCUUCAUUGUAGCUAGAAGAUCUGGAUUUUCUGUUUCUCAGGAAGAGGGGGUCCGAUCUCUCAGGACAAAUAUAUCUGCAUAUAGGGUUUCUAUGAAUCUUCUGACAUCCGUAUGUAUUCUGGCUGUUGACUUCAAGAUAUUUCCUAGAAGAUAUGCUAAAGCAGAGACCUAUGGUACUGGCUUGAUGGACAUUGGAGUAGGUUCGUUUAUUGUGGCAAAUGCAUUGGUUUCACAGCAAGCACGUGGAAUUGCAAAAAUGAAUUUGAGAAAUGCAAUUUCUUCAACUUGUCCACUUAUAGUUCUGGGCUUUGCUUGAA